AUGUCUCCUUCUAAGUUAUUCCAAGUUCAUACAACAAACAGCAACUCAUUAUCGCGGAGAAGAGCCAAAAAGCAUCAGAAUAUAAGGAACAGUGCUAGCUGUUUCACGAAAAACGAUAUCGCCGUGCUGGUUGGUACACGACAAAAAUCAAGAAAGGUUAAACAUAAUGCAAGGGGGAAAUGA